GAUUGAAGUGUGCGAGGCGAAGUGUUCGCCGUGAAUUUGGUUCAAUUCGCCAUAACGCCAUUACAAGUCAGAUUGAGUGUAAGAUUUUGUGUCUGUCAUCCUAACCACAAACUCAUACGUCCGUCAGUGGUAACAACAAUAAGCGAGUUUCCAAACAAUUUAAAUUUCUAAAAAAGAAAUUCUCAAUUCUUUAGUAUUUUUUUCAAAUUAAAAGAAGCAAAUAGAGAUAGAAAAAUGUCGAUUUUAGCAUAUAACGGUGGCUGCUGUGUGGCAAUGCGAGGCAAGGAAUGCGUGGCCAUUGCCAGUGAUUUGCGUUUUGGUGUUCAGGCGCAGACAAUCACCACAGAUUAUCAGAAAGUAUUCCAGUUCAAUCCGCAUAUGUUCCUCGGUCUGGUUGGCCUGCAGUCGGACAUUUUGACGGUGCACGAUCGCCUGUUGUUUCGCAAGAAUUUGUAUGAGGUGCGCGAAAAUCGUUCAAUCACACCGAAACGUUUCGGUGCAAUGCUGUCUAGUUUCCUGUACGAACGCCGUUUUGGUCCAUACUUCAUUGAACCCGUGAUCGCCGGUCUCGACCCGAAAACGUUUGAACCAUUCAUUUGUAACAUGGAUUUGAUUGGUUGCCCAAAUAAUCCGGAGGAUUUCGUUGUGGCCGGAACGUGCGCUGAACAAUUGUAUGGUAUGUGCGAAACACUGUGGCGCCCAGACAUGGAACCCAAUCAACUCUUCGAAUGCAUCUCACAGGCCAUGAUCAAUGCAUUCGAUCGUGAUGCUAUGUCCGGUUGGGGUGCCGUCGUCUACAUCAUCGAAAAGGAUAAAAUCACAAAGAAAACCUUGAAGACACGACAAGAUUAGGCCAGCACACAUGAAAUCACACAGUGGCACCAUUCUUUUUUUUUGCUACAUUUAUUUUGAGGUUUAAAACUUUCUCUUUCAAUAAAAAAAACGAUAUAAUUCUUAAAUUAAAGAAA